GACCUCCACCGGCUCCUACCGCUCUGGGGUAGCUUCCCCUCCGGUCCUGACCCAGAGUCUCCGACAGGAUUCCCCGAGGGAAUGGCCUGAGUGGCCAAGAAGACACGGGAGGGAUAUUCCGAGGUCCCUUGACCUCCAGCAUAGUACCCUUUGAACCCCUCGAGCCAGGGGGACCGGUUCCCGGCGCGCAGCACCAGGCUCUCUCCGGAGAAAACGAGGACAAUAGCUGGAGAGUCUCAGGUUUACAGGAGGAAGGGCCAGCACACUCGGGAUUCCCUGCCCGGGUAGUCUCUAGUGGGGCGUGGGCACGCGCUCCUGUCACCCGGUGACAGAGACAGGUGGCAAGACCAGUGAGAUUCUCUGUGGACAGGGGCUUCUAGAAUGAAGAUCUGAGCCGGGGUGAUGCUGAAGAUGGUGACUUUCUUCCAAGGGCUUCCUGGCCAACAGUCUGUGCUGGGGACCCUGGACUUUCCUGGAAGCCCCCAAAAGUCACAGUCCACAUCUGAGCUGGAAUCAGAGGCCUCCAUGUCUGAGGCUUCCUCUGAGGACCUGAUGCCAUCCCAGGAGGCUGGAUUGACACCAGAUGGGGAGGAGGAAGAGUCUGCAAAGAAGAAGAAGAAGCCCAAAGGACUGGUCAACGUGUUCAGUGUCUUCACCAAAGGGAAGAAUAAGAAGAAAAAGGACCAGCCCAGAUCAUCAGAUCCUGAGGUCCAGUCCAAGUCCAGGCUCGAGCUAGAUGGUCCACCGCCCACAGUGGAGGAGCUCAAGGAGGCCCUGGAAAGUGGGCGGCUGGAGGCCGCGUGGCCUGUGCUGGCGUUGGAGCGGGACCUGGAGGCUUUGGCAGCGGCGGGUGGCGCGAGCGACGAGGAGCUGGUGCGCCAGCAGAGCAAGGUGGAGGCGCUGUACCUGCUGCUGCGCGACCAGGUGCUCGAGGUGCUGCGGCGGCCGCUGGAGGCGGCCCCGGAACGGGUGAGCCAGGCGCUGGCCGUGGUGUCGCAGCAGGAGCUCGAGGACCGUCGGGCGGCCGCGGGACCCGUGGCAGCGGUGCUGGCGGCCACGCGCCCUCGGCGCUGGCUGCAGCUGUGGAGGGGUGGCGUGGCGGAGGUGGCAGCUGAGCGUCUGGACGGGCCGCCAGUCGCGGUGCCCCAGGGCCGCUCAGAGGUCGAGAACAGGUUCGUGCACAUGGGCUGCACCAUGAAGGAGGACCUGGAGGCCGUAGUGGAGCGCUUGAAACCGCUGUUUCCCGCCGAGUUCAACGUUGUGCACACCUAUGCCGAGAGCUACCACCAGCACUUCGCUACCCACCUGUGCACCUUGGCGCAGUUCGAGCUGUGUGAGAGGGACACCUACUUGCUGCUUCUCUGGGUGCAUAACCUCUACCCCAAUGAGAUUCUGAACAGCCCUAAGUUGGCAAAGGAGCUACAGGGUAUCAGGCUUGGGAGCCUCCUGCCGCCUAAGCAAAUCAGGUUGCUGGAGGCUGUGUUCCUGUCCAAUGAGGUGACCAACGUGAAGUUACUGAUGACCCGAGCCUUAGAGCUAGAGUCUCAACGCUGGGUCCAGGAUGUGGCUCCCCAGAGCCUGGAUGGCCACUACCACAGCGAGCUGGCAAUUGACAUCAUCCAGAUCGUGUCACAAGGCCAGGGCAAGGCUGAGAACAUCACUUCUGAAGUGGGGGUGCAGAUGAAGCAGUUGCUACUGGUGGAGCUGGCUGCACUACUUAGGAGCUACCAGCGCACCUUUGAUGACUUUCUAGAGAAAAGCAAACUGCUGGGAAAUUAUAGGGCCAACAUCAUCGCCAACAUCAACAACUGCCUGUCCUUCCGGACAUCCAUGGAGCAGAAGUGGCAGAUACCUCAGGAUUCCCUGAGGCACCUGUUGGAUCCCUUGAGAGAUCUUAAGGCCCAUGGCUUUGACACCCUGCUCCAGAGCCUGUUUGCAGACCUGAAGCCACUGUUCAAGAGGUUCACACAGACCCGCUGGGCAACGCCGGUUGAGACCCUGGAGGAAAUCAUCAGUACUGUGGAUGUCAGGUUGCCUGAGUUCUCGGAACUGAAGGACUGUUUCCGGGAGGAGCUCAUGGAGGCCGUGCACCUGCACCUGGUGAAGGAGUACAUCAUCCGGCUCAGCAAACGGCGCCUGGUCCUCAAGACCGAGGAGCAGCAGCAGCAGCUGGCACGGCACAUCCUGACCAAUGCCGAGGUCAUCCAGGACUUCUGCAUUCAGAGCGGCUCCCCUGCAACCUGGCUGCACCAGGCCCUCCCUAAGCUCGCUGAGAUCAUUCGCCUACAAGACUCCAGCGCCAUUAAGAUUGAGGUGGCCACCUAUGCCACCUUGUACCCUGACUUCAGCAAAGGCCACCUGAAUGCCAUCCUGGCCAUCAAGGGAAAUCUACCAAGCAGCGAGGCCAGGAGCAUCCGGAAUAUCCUGGACAUCAACACAGGGGUGCAGGAGCCUUCCAGGCCCCUAUUUUCACUCAUAAAAGUUGGUUAACUUUUCCAAAUGUCUGAUGUGCUAAUGAGCACGCAGGGAGCAUCAGACACCGCCCUAGUUGGGGAUGCUCAGCGGCAACAGGAACGUGACCCAUCACCAGCCCCACAUUCUGCUGUUGCCGACGCCCAGCCCAGGCUCUGGAACAAGACCUGGCAGUCGGGACUGCACAGACCACUGUCCAGGGGCGGCCCAGAACCCACUGUGGGGAGAUGACCAGUGAGACCCUGCCUUCCUACAUUAGUCUGUCUUCUACUGCCCCCUCCGCUCAGGUGGCUCCAAGUAGCCCCCUCCAGCUCCCUAGGGCCAGUGAUGAAGCCUCAUCCCGCUUCCUUCAGCCCAGGGGCUGCCAUGAUCUAGAGCUGAAAAGGAAAAAGGAAAACUUAGUCUCUGAUGUGGGGCCCGGAAGGAGGCUUGGGACACGCAUGGCAGAUGUAGCAUCAGAACCGCUUCCAGAACAGGCCCCUGGCCCCACGGUUAGCUCCUGGUACCCCUCAGCCAGGAGGACCCGCUCCUUCAAACCCUAUGGCUGCCCCCGUGCCUGUGUGUGUGUUUGGGGAGCAACCCACAAGGCCUUGGUAGAGCCAGGGCGCAUGGGUUCCCUCAGGUUGUACCUUCCCCCGUGCAGGAAUAAGCACCUCUGUAAGCCGGCCCUCCGAAGUCUGGGUGGGAACACAGGAGUUCAGCAAGUGCCUGGCCAGCUUCCUGUCGGUGCUGUACCGCAUCUCCACACAUGGAGUAGGUCUGAACCAGAACUUUCCUCACAGCUCCAAUCUAAGUGUGGUCAGGGCCCGUUGCCUCUGGAGGCCCCAGGGAAGAGUCAUUUCCUGGACUUUCCCAGUUGUUAGAGGCUACCCACAUCUCUUGUCUGAGGCCCUUGUGUCUUCAGAGCCAGGGACAGCUACUCUGUCCCUCAUGACACCGCGGUGUCUCCUGCUUCCAAGCCUUCUGUGGUUUAGAAGCCCAGUGAUUGCACUGAACCUGCCUGGAGACUUAUUAGCAGCCUUCAUUCCAGCUUACAAAUUUAAUUCCUGUUUCCCAUGUCACCCAAUAGUCAUUGGCUCUGGGGACCAGUGUGUCCCACAGCUGGAAAUCAUCGAGCACUGCUAUUCCUCUAUAGCCAUGAAAGCCAUUCUCAGCACUGACCCAGCCUUGAUUCCUCCGCGUGGUUCCAGGCUGGGGUUUGAAGCCCUUCCUCCAGACUUACUCCCUUUCCCAGGUACUUACAGAACUGGCCACUUUGAGCAAUGCAUAAAGGCCUUCAUAUUUUUGUAGAUGUUAGCUUGUUUGAUGACAUUAAUAUUGUUGACAUUAUUUUUAUAGUGUUGAUUUUGUAUACGUGUACUUGGGACAGAAUUUAGGGUGGUUGUGUUUUUUAUAUAGCUUGAUAUAAAACUGAUUUCAAAAGUG